GUUAGAAUAGUAUAAAUUUGUAUGAUGUUCAAAAAUUAUUAUUGUUUUAUUGGUUUCUUAAAAAUCGCAAUAUUAAUUUUAGUAACACUCUCAUCAAAAGUGUUUAUUGAUGGUUGUAUUGUACCAAAUGUUGAUCAAAAUAAAGUCGAAGUAAAGUGCUAUACUAUUCAAACAGUUACAACAGGUGUAUCAAGAGCGGGAAGUGCUGCUGUAAGUAAAUUAGUGGAGGAUUCUUGUUUUCAAGAUGUUGGGGCUAUUGUUAUACGUUGUAAAAUUGGAUUUGAAAAUAAAAAUUCAAAAGGAGAAGACGCUGUUUUGAAUACGUGCAAAAAUGGAAAAUGGAAAUAUGAAAAUACAACUAGCGAUGAUUGUGAAUCUAUAUGUGGAAAAUUAUUUAAAGAAGAACUAAAACCAACUACUACACCAUUAUUAUAUAAAGGGAAUGAAGUUGAUAUAAGGGUAGCACCAUGGCACGUUGCCGUUUAUAAAAAUAAUUCAUAUAAAUUUGAUCAAAUAUGUGGUGGAACAAUUAUUCAUUCAAAUAUUGUUGUAUCAGCAGCUCAUUGUUUUUAUGAUGAAGCAUAUGGUAAACUAUACGAUUCAUCGAAUUUUUGGAUUGGAGCUGGUAAACGUUACCGACAAUACGAAGCAGAAGAACAGUUAUCGCAAUUCGCUCGUAUUAACCAUAUAUAUCUACCACCAACAUUUCAAGCACAACCAUUACGGAGUGACAUAGCAGCUUUAAAAUUAGACCGUCACUUUACAUAUAGUCCUGUUAUAGCACCAGUUUGUUUAGAUUGGAAUUUAAAUCUAAUUUAUGGAAGCUACAAUGGUAUUAUUGGGCAUCUUUAUGGAUGGGGUGAUACAUCCUCUAAAGGGGUUCCAAGUGAAAAGUUAUUAAAACUUGAUUUAAUAACUAUACCAAAUGAUUAUUGCCGCGACAAGAUUGAUCGAAAUUUUAGAUCAGAUGUUUCUGGUGAUAGAUUUUGUGCUAUAAAUGAAGAGAAUGGAACUGCAUGUGGUGGAGACAGUGGCAGCGGUUUGAUAACUUACAGACAAGGUUAUAAAUUAAGUGGUGUUGUAAGUGCUGGUCUUAAUAGAAACAAUUAUUGCACUGACGGAUUUGUAACUUUGUUUACAAAUGUACGAAUUUUUCAAGAUUUCCUUAAAACUGUAGUUUCUAAUAGUCGAGAUGAAGAACAAGAUUUGGAGACCUUCUUAAGUUUAUAUUGAUUAAAAGUCAAUAUAUAAAGCCAUUAUUGACCAAUAAAAAACCAGUAAAAAAAAUUCAAAAUAAAUUUAAGCAAA